UCUUGUGCCGACUCUUUGCGAUGAAUCAAACCUCGAGCAACCCCAGUACUAACCUUUCUCAGGGAGGCUGCUCUCUGCCAGUCGCUCAUGGCGUUGCUCUCAUCACAGCAAAUACUUCGGUGGGUGUGUUUGGAACAUUUGGUAACUUACUGGUUUGCGUGGCAGUUGUUACAAAUUCUCGUCUUCGCCGAGCAUCGAACUAUCUUCUCUUCAGUCUGGCGAUCGCUGACUUGAUCGUCACCAUGAUUUGUGAGCCUCUGGUUGUAGUAAUCCUCGGCAAGAUAACCUUCUCUAAUGAUUGUGCUACCAACCUGGAACACGCUUACAAAAUGUUAUCCAGCCUGUCGGGUUCUGCCUCAGUAGUGCACAUGGCGGCAAUCAGUGUUGAUCGUUUUCUCGUCGUCCGGUUGCCUCUAUGCCAUGAAAUUUUCAUGGAGAAGUUCGGAUUGAAGAUUAUGCUGAUAGCGUCCUGGGCAUUCCCCGUUACAGUUCCUAUCUUGAGCGCAGUGCUCCCCGACUCCUUCCCCAAGGCUUUCCUGGGGCUUGCGACCUUCGCCCUGAGCUAUGCUAUCAUUAUGGUGUUUUACGCGCUGAUUGUGGCAUUUCUGAUCAAGCUGAGGAAGGAAAGAAACCAGCAGACACCUCGCACACUUUCCGUGCAAAUCAAUUACCGCGUUGAAAUACACGUUGCCUUCACGCUGGCGAUAGUGAUCGGCGUUUUCACCCUUUGUUGGUUUCCGCUGGUAAUCGCCUUGUUCGCCGCUGGUAAAUCAUUGGUCAAACCGCAAGGAGCUGCACACAUGUGGAUCAGGACUGUGGCUUUGUCAAACUCAGCCAUGAACUUUCUGAUAUAUUCUUUAAGAAUCGCAGAUUUUCGCCAAGCGUAUGGCGCAAUAUGCCGUAAGAUGUGCAGCCUCGCAGGAAAGAAAUAUCGCCGCUAAACUUUAUUCAAAAAGACAGAUCGAAGCGAAGUUUGUAAGAGCCUGGGUUCUUUAAUUGCCAAGUGUAGGUUUUCAGGACAGAUAUGAGGCCACCGAAGCUACCAAGCCGGCACUGCAGAGUCACCAGCAAUAAAGCGAAUAAAAAAAAACCCUUAAGGAUGUAGAAAAGUUCACGCGCAGAGCUCAAAGUAUACCGACCGUGUAGGCGGCUGAGCUUAAGUAAGGCAGCAGAUUACACUCACAACCUGACAUCGUCCACUAAGCCCUUUCCUAAGAUCACAACACCUCCUCCUUCCACUAAUAUUUAAGCAUUUAGCUGUUAAAUUCAGUCUAGAGGAUCCAAGGUUCUUAAUGUUCCUCAUUGCAAAUAGCUGUAAAUAGUAGUUAUAGAAUCUUAAUGUUUCAAUAUCAGGAGUUACUGUCAAUAUAUAUGUAUAAUUCAAGUUCGAUUUGAUAUUUUUCAAUCUCUUUCAACACAGUUGCAAGUUAUCACUGCAAUAGAAGCUAAUAGAGCUUUUAAUUAUUAUCAUUCCUAAGCCGUUUUUCCUUUGUUCAAUUCCUAACUAGAACCUCUGGUAGAUUUAACGACAUUAAUUAUUUUCUUUAGUCUCAUUUUUUUUUUAAUUCAGUUGUAAUAUACAAUUAGAAUAGCACUCCCAAAACAAGAGGCCGUUUUACAUAGGAAAUGAAGAUGGUUAUUAGUGAAGUUGAGAAUGGAAAUAAAUCACGUGAUGUGUGGGUUGAAGAUGUCAUUCAUUGCGCUUUGUUCAUUUGGCUCAGGUUUCUUUCAGAUUUCGCGCGACCUUUAUAUUGCCUACAACGGGAAUUUCUCUCGGGGCAAGCAUUACAUAGCACUGAUCCCCUUAAAAAAAGGCUUAGACUCUCAGUAAGUUUUAGCUCGUUUUUCGUUAAUCGCACAACGCUGCAUGCCACUGAAAUAAAAGAGCGCGGGUUUUUGCGAGAGCUUGUUAAUGGACAGAUCCGGAUUGCCGUCAAGUACUCUUUCAGGUUUCUUCUAACCCGCACGCUUCUUUUUAAUUUUUGUUAAGAUGAAAGGUUCCGGAAACCGGGGGAAAGCUCACCUAUCCGCUACUGAUUGCAUUCACUCAGGCUUUUGAGUUUUCUCACUUUCGUGCUCAGUGUCUUAAGCUAAUAUCGAUAUUAGAAGGAAUGUGAUAUGGACUCAAACGCACGCACGCUCUUAAUAAAGCUCUUAGUGAUCUCUCUUGCUCACGUACUGCAUACAAGCUGUAAGUAACAUCGACUGGGUCGGGUUUUAUUGCUGAGAUGCAAAUUCAGUUGCAUUUUUGCGUCCCGCUUUCUUGUUUUCUCUCUUGUUUGAACCUCAUUUCAAUCUACCAUGAAAAUAUUACACCUCAAACUAAGGAUGAAUUUCUUUCAAAUAACAUUCUUUGAAACGUAAGUAGCUGUUAAAAAUAGCGUGUACGUGAAGUACGCAGUCUGCAAUUGUGGCUUGUUGUUUACCGUAAAAGCUCUCGGUCUAAAAGCAAAACCAAGCACAAAGAGGGAAAAUUUCAAAACCUUGUCAACAAAAAAGAACAAGAAUAAUUUUUUUCCCCAACAAUUUUCAGCAUCUCAUAAUGACUCAGUUGUAUUUUUCCGCAUAUUAAGUUUGACCACCUUUUCACACUUUAUUCAGUUGAUGUGAGCAUUUCAGCGGAACACAAAUCAGAAUGACGUUUAUGCCUUGUUAUCCCUAUCCUCACGGAUGCUCAUGAGGACAGAGCCUUCUGCAAUGAAUUACACAUUUAGCAAUUUUUCUGGAGGCGACUGUUCUCUUCCACUGGCUCAUGGGCGUCGCUCUCAUCACAACGAAUGCUGUCUUGAGUGUGUUUGGAACAUUUAGCAACUUACUAGUUUGUGUGGCAGUUGCUACAAACCCCGUCUUCGCCGAUCAUUAAACUACCUUCUGUUCAGCUCGGCGAUCGCUGAUUUGCUCGUCACCAUGGUGUGUGAACCUCUCCUGGUUGCAAUCCUCGGCAAGAUAACAUUCUUUAAUGACUGUGCCGCAAAUGUAGAACGAAUCUACAAAACAUUAUCUAGAGUGUCGUGUUUUGCUUCAGUGGCUCACAUGGCGGCCAUCAGUGUUGAUCGUUUUAUUUCUGUCGUGUACCCUCUACGCUACAAGAGCAUCAUGGAAAGCCGUGGAUUAAAGAUUAUGCUUACAGCGUCUUGGCUAUUCCCAUUUACAGUUCCUAUCCUAAGUGUCUCCAUUCCUGACUCAUUUCCCAAAGCCCUGUUGGCGGUUGGAGCGUUCACCUUCAUGUAUGCUAUCAUUGUCGUGUUUUACUCGUUGCUCGUGGCAUUUCUGGUCAAGCGUCGGAAGCAAAGGAAUAAACUUAGAGCUCACUCAUCUGGAAAUGCCAAUCAGUCAAGCGUUGAAAUCCGCGUCGCCUUUACGCUGGCCAUUGUGAUUAGCAUAUUCACCGCUUGUUGGUUUCCGCUGAUGAUCUCCUUUUUCGCCGCUGGUGAAACAUUGGUCAGGCCGCAAGCCGAACUGCACACAUGUGGAUCAGGACUGUGGCUUUGUCAAACUCAUCCAUGAACUUUCUGAUUUACACUCUUAGGAUGCCAGAUUUUCGCCAGGCGUAUGUCGCGAUAUGCUCUAAGGUGUGCAGCCUUAUAAGAGGAAGAAAAGGGCGCUGCUGAACUCCACAUUCAUCAGUUUAGCCAGAGAAUUCAGAGAAGAAGGAAACAUUAGCGAAAGUCUGGAUUUUGAAGUUUAUCUUCUGUGAUCUGUUUCAGCUCUUUAUAUAAGUAAAUUAUUUGACUCUUUUUAGUGUAGUGGCGCUUAACGAUGGACGCAAACGCGGUGAAUGAAAGAAAAGUCUUUCCUCGCGCUUAUACUCCUUUGUUUCCAGUUUUAACUCUGCAUACGUGUUCCAGCACGUAAAACGCGAGCUAUGUUACAAGGAACAUCUUUUUUUCACUCUGAUGAAGGUGGACAGUUGCCACCGAAAAUUCAGUAAACAAACAACCUACAGAUCGGAUAUGUUCAAGUCAAAUAAUCAUUUGACUGUUUACUACCGUUAAUUCUGAUCGGGAUCAAACCGUGAAGCUUUUGAGUUCUCUCACUAAACUUUCGUUCACUUUUGCUUUAGGCUAAUGAAUCUCUAAAGCUUCACUGAUUUCCUCUCGCACGCAUACUGAAUCGUGUCCAUCGCAACUCAGCAAGCUGUAAAACAGAAUUUCUUUGGGCUGCACAUAUCUCAGGGGGUCUGUGCAAUCUCUGUCCUGGCAUGGUCGGUUUAAAUUUGUAUUCUUUUUCAUUUGAACUCCCAGUUGUGAAAACCAUGGAUAUAUUGUACGUCAAAGACACAACGAACUCGAUAUUGGAAUCAGUAUUGUUUGAUGCAUAAAUGUUUUUGAAAAAAGCAUGCAAAUGGGCACAGGAUGUCAGUGAAUGAAGCGACGCUAAGCUACAUUUGUGAACUGUAUUAUACUUUAUAUUCAUCGCAACAAGAACAAUCAUGACAUUGAUCAAAUUGUUCCUUUACACGUAAGCAACGUAAUAAGCUUAAUAAAUAUAUGCAAUUAAAUGGACCUUUAACUAAUGUGUUUUUGCUUGUCUCUUUUAAGGACCGGCAAUCUAUACGAACAGCCUAACGUUGGUAUAUCCACAGGUUCAAGUAAUUUCUUUCGUCCCCUCGGCAAACUUUUUAAGUCCACGCUUAAUUUUCCAGUGCCGGCGAAAUCAAACGUUGCGACAUCUCGCCGAAGGUCAAGUCUGCUAAUAUCGUCCAUUCGCUUAGUCCAGUUGUGACUCUGCCUCCAACAUUUUGAAUUCUCCAUCUUGGGUAACCGCCAUGGUUUUUGGCUGUGAAAUCGGUUGUUAUAUUGAGUUAUUUCGUAGUGAUGGCUUAUUCCCAGGUUAAUACUCAAUUGGCGAAUUCGCUUCACUUCAUCAUCGAGAAGAAUAACAAUGUCUGCAGUGUCGUAAUCCGAAACCGAAGGCUGUAAGGAAGGAGACGUCGGUCUUUCUUUAUCGGAAAACAAAAUACUUUUGCUUGCCUUGCCGCUUUCUAAUGGUGGUAAUCUGUCCAUUAAUCUGCUGCUGAACGAAGAAUGCUUUCCUUGGCUCUUUGAAUUGAGUUUUUUGGUGUUGCCGAAGCCGUUAUAGCCAUUUCUGACAACAAUAUCGGCCAUUUUGUUUGGGCUCAAUUGGCUACCACGCGUGUUCAUUCAAUGCGGACAACAGCCUUUGUUCCAAAUCGUUUCGCUAGUGUAGCAACUUUAAAAUUUGCUUCAAAGUUGAAAUUUGUUGCAGGACCACAAACUUUGUAAUGUCGGCUUCAAAUUGUACAUGAAAUCCGAUAAGAUUCCUACAGGGAUGGUUGGUUGCCUUGGAGUUGCGCUGACAACAAAGAUAGCGGAAGGCGCAGAAAAUUAAAUACUUGUCAUGUUUGGAUAAGCAGACAAUCGUUUGUCAACAUAAUUAGCUUGUGAGAUUCAUCGAUAGGUCGAAAAGAUGAAAUGAUGUAGAAAUCAUGGUCGUGCGGCUGCUUAAAGUUUUUAGAGAAUUAAGAAUGUUGAAAUUGGACCAUAGUACCGAAAGCGUCUUUCCGGAGUUAACGAUGCAAAAUGUAUGUUGCACAAUAACAAUGGACGAUACAUGUAAAUGUAUUUAAAACAAGCAAGGCUAAUAAAACAUGUGAAUUUUAGCCGAAUUUCGUUUAACCGAAAUAUUGGGCUGCCCUAUGCGCUAACUUGGCGCCAGGGGACAGGUGAAGGUGAAAUAUUGGGCUAAGUUACACAUAUUUAGCUCAGUGAAACAAUCUCUAACUAUACGGUG